AGUUACGUUCUCUUUGCAUUUCGUCUAGUAGUUUUUAUAUAUUUAAUAUUUGUUAACAUAAAUAGGUUUUCAAACUAAAACAAAGCUUGUAAUUAUAAUUUAUUCUAAAAUAACACACGUUCUGAAUACAGAGAUAGAAUUCAUUCGUUUACUGAACGAUAAGAUAGCAUUCAUUUGCAUACGCUGUAUAGAAGAACUCGGCAACUAAUCAAAAGUGAUAAAAGUGAUUGAAUUAAGCGAAGAUAUCAAAACUGACGAAACUGUUUAUAAAACAAUUUUUAUUUUUAUUUGAGUGUAUUAACAUCAAGCGAUAGGUACCACCAAAUUUCUCGUAGUUUACUAGAUUUUUAGCAAAAAUAAUUUAGAAAAGUGAUCUGGUUAUGCUAAUCAAGAACUGAGAAGGAACAAUGGUUUCAAGACUUGUGUUAGCGUUGGUUGGACUUAUUUCAACCGUGAAUGGUUUGGAUAAUGGACUUGCCCGUACGCCACCAAUGGGCUGGAUGGAUUGGCAAAGAUUUAGGUGUCUGACAAAUUGUACACUAUAUCCUGAUGAAUGUAUAAGUGAAAAAUUGUUCCGAGACAUGGCCGAUCGUAUGGCAGCGGAUGGGUAUCUUGCUGCUGGCUAUGAAUACAUUAUGAUCGACGAUUGUUGGUCUUCUAAAGAGAGAGAUAGUAAAGGAAGAUUGGUUCCUGAUCCUGAUAGAUUCCCAAGUGGCAUUAAAAACUUAUCAGAUUAUAUACACAGCAAAGGUCUUAAAUUUGGAAUUUACGCUGAUUAUGGAACCUUAACAUGUGCUGGUUAUCCCGGUAGUAAAGAGUAUCUUAAAAUUGAUGCUGAUAGAUUUGCAGAAUGGGAAGUAGAUUACUUAAAGUUUGAUGGGUGCAAUUCAGAUUGGAUAUUUAUCGACAAAGGUUACAUUGAAAUGGGUAAACAUUUAAACGCAACAGGUCGUCCUAUUGUUUACUCAUGUAGUUGGCCUGCUUAUCAGGAACCAAAUAAAAUGCAAUCUAACUACACAGCUUUGGCUGAAACUUGUAACCUUUGGAGAAAUUGGGACGACAUUGAUGAUAGCUGGGAAAGUGUCACAUCUAUCAUAGAGUGGUUUUCCGACAAUCAAGAUCGAAUUGGACCAUUUUCAGCACCUGGUCACUGGAAUGAUCCCGAUAUGCUUGUGAUUGGAAAUUUUGGAUUGAGUUUUGAACAGAGCAAAGGACAGAUGUCAGUUUGGUCGGUAAUGGCGGCACCGUUGAUAAUGUCAGUGGAUUUAAGAACUAUUGAGCCUAAAUUUAGAGCAAUUCUCCUCAACAAAGAUGCUAUUGCUGUGAAUCAAGAUCCCUUAGGUGAAAUGGGUCGGCUAGUGCUAAAGAAAAACAAUAUUUAUAUAUGGACGAAGAAGCUAACAGCUAAAGCUGAUGGCAGACAACCUCACGCCAUUGCCGUACUAAGCCAAAGAACCGAUGGGUACAAAUAUAGAAUGGAAUUUACUUUAAAGGAUUUGAAUAUUACCGGUCCAAACGGAUUCUUGAUAAAGGAUAUUUUUGAUGAAGAUAAAUCUGUGGCAUCCAUAGCAGAUGAUGAACCGUUCGUCCUAAGAAUGGCACCUACAGGAGGCACUUUGUUGGUUGCAACUCCCAAAAAAUAAACGAAAAAGGAUUUAGUCAGUGACCAAAAUAUUAAAUACUUUUUAGAUAUUUUAUAAAUAAAUAAAUCAAUUAUUUUAAUACA